AUAGUUGGGCAGCUGAAAUGUGAGGGGUCACAAUGGGAGGAUAAAUACAAGGGCCAGCAGGCUGCGAGGCUGUCGCAGACGAAGGCCUGAUCUCCUUCCCUCUCUCUUCUCUCAGCUCUCCUCCAAAACUCAAAGAGUCAGGAUGCCUCACGCAUACCCCUUCCUCACUCCUGAGCAGAAGAAGGAGCUCAGUGAUAUCGCUCAGAGGAUCGUCGCUCCCGGCAAGGGAAUCCUCGCCGCAGACGAGUCCACCGGAAGUGUUGCCAAGCGCUUCCAGAGCAUCAACGCUGAGAACACUGAGGAGAACAGGAGGCUGUACCGCCAGCUCCUCUUCACCGCUGAUGACCGCAUCAACCCCUGCAUUGGUGGAGUCAUCCUCUUCCACGAGACCAUGUACCAGAAGACGGAUGAUGGCAAGCCCUUCCCCCAGCACCUGAAGGAGAGAGGCAUGGUGGUGGGCAUCAAGGUGGACAAAGGUGUGGUCCCUCUGGCCGGAACCAACGGCGAGACCACCACGCAGGGUCUGGAUGGUCUGUAUGAGCGCUGUGCCCAAUACAAGAAGGAUGGUGCUGACUUUGCCAAGUGGCGUUGUGUGCUGAAGAUCACCCCAACCACUCCCUCAAGGCUGGCCAUCAUCGAGAAUGCCAAUGUCCUGGCCCGCUAUGCCAGCAUCUGCCAGAUGCACGGCAUUGUGCCCAUCGUGGAGCCUGAAAUCCUCCCCGACGGCGACCACGACCUGAAGCGCUGCCAGUACGUCACAGAGAAGGUCCUGGCCGGGGUCUACAAGGCUCUGUCCGACCAUCACGUCUACCUAGAGGGCACCCUGUUGAAGCCCAACAUGGUCACCGCUGGACACUCCUGCUCCCACAAGUACAGCAACCAGGAGAUCGCCAUGGCAACCGUCACUGCCCUGCGUCGCACAGUGCCCCCAGCUGUUCCUGGAAUCACCUUCCUGUCAGGUGGCCAGAGUGAGGAGGAGGCGUCCAUCAACCUGAACGCCAUGAACCAGUGUCCUCUGCACCGACCCUGGGCACUGACCUUCUCUUACGGCCGUGCCCUGCAAGCCUCCGCCCUGAAGGCUUGGGGAGGCAAGAAGGAAAAUGGAAAAGCGUGCCAGGAUGAGUUCAUCAAGAGAGCUCUGGCGAACUCUCAGGCCUGCCAGGGCAAAUAUGUUUCCUCCGGAGCCAGCGCAGCCGGUGGAGACUCGCUCUUCGUGGCGAACCAUGCUUAUUAAGUGUGAAGACUCGGCAGAUUUCCUCUUCACCGCUGUUUUAACAUCACGGGAGAAACAGGCGCUGCAUCGCCACCAUCUUUCACGUGUCUGUCUGCAACUACACAGCCAAAUGGUACAAAUUGACCAGCGUAGGUGAGCUAACCGCGGCUGGGAGGUUGUGUAGGAUAUAGGUCUGCCUCCAUUCCCUUUGAUGAAAACCUUUGUCAGGUGAACAAUUCCCUCAAUAUUUUUACACAUGUUGAACUAUUUUUCGACCGGGUUCCAUCGAGAGCAGUAUAUUAUUCAUACUGACGUCGUGAAAUAAAAUUGUAAACCCUAUAAAGUGUGUCUGAAUUGUGUAUUUAACU